GCCGUCUUCUUCCUUCUCCUGCAGAUUCCCCAGGUGUUCCUCCAAGUGCCAAUGCUCAUCAUCUUUUCAGAGGGUUCAGCUUCGUUGCCUCUAACUUGGUGCAGGAGCCUUCACAGCAAGAUGUGCACAAAAUCACCGUCCAUCCAAUUGUGCAGCAGUUACAUGGGAACAACAUUCACUUUACAGAUGGAUACGAGAUCAAGGAGGACAUAGGAAUUGGCUCCUAUUCAGUGUGCAAGAGAUGUGUUCAUAAAGCUACAGAAACGGAGUUCGCAGUGAAGAUAAUUGAUAAGAGCAAGAGAGACCCCUCUGAAGAAAUUGAGAUCCUCUUGCGAUAUGGACAGCAUCCAAACAUCAUUACUCUUAAAGAUGUCUAUGAUGAUGGGAAAUAUGUGUACCUGGUGAUGGAGCUGAUGCGCGGAGGCGAGCUCCUGGACCGCAUUCUUCGGCAGAAGUGUUUCUCAGAGCGGGAGGCCAGCGCUGUGCUGUGCACCAUCACCAGGACUGUGGACUACCUGCACUCUCAGGGCGUGGUGCACCGAGAUCUCAAGCCAAGUAAUAUCCUCUACAUGGAUGAGUCAGGAAACCCAGACUCCAUCAGGAUCUGUGACUUCGGGUUUGCCAAGCAACUGAGAGCGGAGAACGGGCUGCUCAUGACUCCCUGCUACACGGCCAACUUUGUCGCCCCUGAGGUCCUUAAACGCCAAGGUUACGAUGCAGCCUGUGACAUCUGGAGCUUGGGGAUCCUACUCUAUACCAUGUUGGCAGGGUUCACUCCUUUUGCAAAUGGACCAGAUGACACCCCAGAGGAGAUUCUGGCCAGGAUUGGCAGUGGCAAAUAUGCACUUACAGGAGGAAACUGGGAUUCAGUAUCUGAUACUGCAAAGGACAUUGUGUCAAAGAUGCUUCAUGUAGACCCUCAUCAGCGCCUCACAGCAGUCCAAGUCCUAAGACAUCCAUGGAUAGUGAACAGGGAGUAUCUGUCUCAAAACCAACUCAGCAGACAGGAUGUUCACCUGGUGAAGGGUGCGAUGGCAGCCACUUACUUUGCUUUAAACCGAGCACCUCAGGCACCAAGGCUGGAGCCUGUAUUGUCCUCCAAUCUGGCUCAGCGGAGGGGCAUGAAAAGACUUACCUCUACCAGGUUGUAGCAGUACCCUCAAAAGGCCUCUUUGAAAACCCACAGUUUAUUAUUUGAGAGAUUCAUCUUUACUUGGCUAGCAGAACUUUUUUGGACAACCUGCACAUGAAAUCGCCAGAACUAGCAGAAGCUCAGUGUAAGGCAAAGUUCUCCUUUGCUCCGUCAUUUCUUUUACAUUCCAGCCAGGGUCCCAAGUUUAACAACUUCACAAAGAUGUGCCAAUUUUGCCAGUAGCUCUGUUUCCUUACUGAGAUAAAGCCAAAUAAAGUAGGUGUGCUCCAUCCUUCCCAUCCUAGGAAAUACUAUUUUUGAGUCCUUAAGAUGUUCCAUGGGAACACUGUUUUCAUUUUGUUUCUCAAGAAAAGCACUUUUUGCUAUGAAGAAUGCAGUCGGGUUUGAAUGUUUUCAG